UCAUGAUUGAUUAUUUAAGCGGGGUAAAUCCACUUAGGUCCAUAUUCGUAGGAGGCCCCACGUCAAAUCGCGUCUUCUAGUUAUGCGACGCGUCUUACCGGCUUGCUUCUAUCACUUACAAAAUCGCAACUUCACCUACCAGUCCAUACUAUAAAAAUGGCGUCAAAAGGUGCACAGAAGUCAUCUUCGACACUGAAAAGACCAUUAAAUACGGAUAUAGACAAUUACGACGUCGAUGACGACCCUUUUGCAGAAUCCGGGAACGAAGCUCCUGGCAAUGAUACCGCGCGGUCUAAGAAACGCAAAGAUGCUACCGGUCUGGGAAUUGACGAAGAAGUAGCCAUUCAGAAGAAAGUCAGAGCACCAAUUGUUAAAUUAGAUGAAAGCAGACUCUUAUCCGAGAAAGGCAUUCCGAGAUUACGAAGAAAAGCCCGAGAUUUGAAGUUCAAAGGCAAGGGACAUGAAUUCUCCGACGCCGCUAGGCUUCUCUCAUUCUAUCAGUUAUGGUUCGACGACUUAUUUCCCAAAGCCAAGUUUUUGGAUGCCGCAGCCAUGGCAGAAAAAGCAGGCCACAAGAAAUAUAUGCGCAUGAAGCGUAUGGAGUGGAUCGAGGAAGGGAAACCUAAGCCAGCUGGGCUCGACGACAAUGACCUUUUUGGCGAAUUGCACGAUCAACCCGAAGAGCGCGCACCCGCAGUAUUUCCUGCUAGGAUUGCUCCCAUAUUUGAGGACCGGGGAGGUGAAAAGGCGCAGACACCUAUGCGGGACGAUGUACCCGAUGACGAUGACGAUAUAUACGGCGCCACGCCACGAGCACCGAGAAUAACACAGCCUACUAGUAAACCGGUAUCUGGAAACGGUGACGUGCCCGACGAAGACGACUUAGACGCUCUGAUGGCUGAAGAAGAAGCACAACACACGAAACCUACCUCUAUAUUCGGCAAUGGUGCUAGUAAACCAAGCCAACCAAGAGACGAGCCAGAUGAGGAUGACUUAGAUGCACUUAUGGCCGAGGCCGAAGCUUACCAAGAACCUCCAAAGCAAACCUCUAAUCCGGAAACCAAAUCGGCACAGCCCAGCUUGGAUAAUGAUGAAGACGAUUUAGACGCGUUAAUGGCAGAAGCGGAAGCUCAGGGACAGGAGAAGAAACCUGUAGGGGUAACGGUGAAAGAGACAAAGAAGAUAGAUGACAAAGUAGCAGAUGCAGAUGAAGAGGAAGCCAUGGCAGAGAUGGAUGGAUUAUGGUAAGGAUACUAGUAAAAUCCGCCCGGUUGGGUAUGAGUUAUCGUAUAAUGAUGCAUGCAAGGGGCGUUUAGGCUGCGUUUUAUACCUUGGGCACGUUAACGAGUGUAAAUAAUUUGACGGUAUAAAUUCAUAAGAUGGAUUAUCCUGUAGUUAUUUAUAAUUUAUACACGACUUCUUGAUUUGGA